AUGCCGCACAUAUCAUACUACCGGAACUAUGGGAAGACCUUCAAAAAGCCUCGGCGUCCUUUUGAGAAGGAGCGUCUCGACAGUGAGCUGAAGUUGGUCGGAGAGUUCGGGCUCAGGAACAAGCGUGAGCUCUGGCGUGUGCAGAUGGCUCUGUCAAAGAUUCGUCAGGCUGCGCGGACGCUGCUGACGCUGGACGACAAGGAGACAAAGCGGCUGUUUGAGGGCGAGGCGCUGCUGCGGCGCAUGUACAAGUACGGGCUGCUGGAGGAGGCCCAGAACAAGCUGGAUUACGUGCUUGCGCUGACGCCCCAGGACUUCUUGGAGCGCCGCCUGCAGACGCUCGUCUUCAAGCUGGGCCUCGCCAAGUCCAUGCACCACGCCCGCGUCCUCAUCCGCCAGAGGCACAUCAGGGUGGGCAAGCAGAUUGUGAAUGUGCCCUCCUUUAUGGUGCGCGUGGACAGCCAGAAGCACAUCGACUUUGCCCUCAACAGCCCCUUCGGUGGCGGCCGCCCCGGCCGCAACAAGAGGAAAGCGCUCAAGUGA